AUGGCAGGCGGUCUCAUUCUAUUGACGGGCAGUACAGGCCAUGUAGGCUACCGCACCCUCAUCGAGGCUCUUUCAAAAGGUUACAAUGUCCGUGCUGCUGUCCGAUCCGAAGCCAAAGCUGCCGAGGUCAGAGCAGCCAAGUCGACAGGACCAUAUCUGAGCCAGCUCACCUUCACCAUUGUCCCUGACAUCGAAAAGGAAGGAGCCUUUGAUGAAGCAGUAAAAGGCGUGGAUUAUAUCGUUCACCUUGCAUCUCCGCUCGGCAAUCCCAGCCUGGACUAUGACACAGGACUCUUGCAGCCAGCCAUCCGGGGAACCCUGGGUAUUCUGUAUUCGGCACUCAAAGAGUCUUCGAUCAAGAAAGUUGUCAUCACCUCCUCCGUGUUGGCUGUUCUGCCCCCAGACUGGGCUGCCCCAAAGCAUUUCACAGCGGACAAUAUCGAACCAGAUCCACAGGGCCCGUACGACAACCCGUUCACUGCGUACGGUGCAAGCAAAACCCUGGCCUACAACCGAACCAGAGACUUCAUUGCGCGUGAAAAGCCGUCCUUUGACGUGGUCAAUAUCAUGCCGACGUUCGUCAUCGGCAAGAACGAAUUGGCAACGACUCGCACAGCUGCUAAUAGUGGCUCUAAUGGCUUCGUCUUCGCCACGCUGUUGGGAAAUCAGAACCCAGCUGGAACGCCCAUGGCUACGUGUCAUGUCGACGAUGUUGCUUUUGUACACAUCGCUUCACUCUCACCCGACAUCAAAGGCAACCAAAGUUUUGGAGUCAACUAUGUCGGGGAGACGCCUGAUCAGUGGGACGAUGCACUCGGCAUUGUCAAGCAGCACUUCCCGGAGGAAGUCGAGAAAGGUACCUUUCCUCUUGGAGGGGCCAUAAAGUCCGUCCCAGUGCUUUUCGAUGCAAGUAAGACGGAGAAGACCUUUGGCAUCAAAUUCAAGAACUUCGAAGACCAAGUUGUCAAUCUUGCAGGCUAUUACGCUACGCUGGAGGCUUGA